CUUUAAUUGCAAAAAAGCACUAUAAACUAUACACCAAAUGUUUGUAUUACUACAUUGUAUCAGUAGUCCUGAAGGUGGUUGUUUACUGUGUCUGUUUUUAAUUUUAUUGUGUAAUUCAGUAUAUGUGAGAAGGGAAACUGGAUCUGUGAGAGUAUUCCCGGUCCUGGCCUGUGCGCAGUAGAGGAAGGAUCUCACUUUACCACCUACGACGGGAAAGAAUUCACUUUCCAUGGAGAGUGCAGCUAUGUGCUCUCAAAAGUAAGCAUGUUUUGUACGCACUCACUAACUUCACCUUCUGUAACUGCUAAGACAUCUACAUUUGGAAUUUAGAAUUAUUUUGUUUGUAUUCAUUCAUGUCAUGACAUUUUUAUUUACGAACAAUAUGUGAAAUUCUUAUUAAUAAACAAUACACUCUAUAAAACUCUAUUUAUGUUUUUGUAGGACUGUGAAGAGACAAAGUUCAUCAUAUUGCUUCAGAUAUAUCCUUGUGGUACUCUUAUUGGCACCUGUUUGAAAUCUAUAGAAGUGCUAUUUCACAAUGACAAGAACAAUCGUCUGGUGAUUAACUAUGACGGCAAAGUACAACACAAUGCAAAGGUUUUACUUCCUUACAUGGCAGCUGACUUCACGGUGUUCAAGCCAUCAUCGUUUCACAUCAUGCUUCAGACCUCCUUUGGGCUGCAGGUGCAGGUACAGCUGGUGCCUCUUAUGCAGGUGUACAUCACUGUGGACCGAAGCUUCCAGGGCAAGACUUGUGGUCUCUGUGGAAAUUUUAACAAAGUGCUGUCUGAUGACCUGAAGACCCCUCAGGGCCUGGUGGAGGGUACAGCGGCUUCCUUUGUAAAUGCCUGGAAGGCCCAGUCCAACUGCCCUGACCAUGAAGAGAGGGUGGAAGACCCCUGUUCCUACAGCAGCGAGAUCGAGCACUUUGCUGAGCACUGGUGUUCCAUGAUGAAGGACAAGGAGAGUCUCUUUGCCAAAUGUCACGCCAGUGUCAAUCCAGACAGCUACUACAAAAGAUGCAAAUACUCUAGUUGUACCUGUAAGAGGAGUGAGGACUGUCUGUGUGCUGUGUUCUCCUCAUACGCCCGGGCCUGUGCGACUAAAGGAAUAUUUCUUCAAGGCUGGAGAGGAAUUGUGUGCGAGAAGUAUACAGAGAACUGCCCGGCCUCGCAGAAUUACUCCUAUCAGCUGCAGAGCUGCCAGCGUACCUGUCUUUCUCUCGCCUCUGAGCGCCAAAGCUGCAGCGUUGACUUUGUGCCCGUUGAUGGAUGCGCAUGUCCAGAUGGAUUCUACCAGGAUAAGAAAGGACUGUGUGUUCCUAUUGAAAAAUGUCCAUGUGACUACAAAGGAGAGACAGUCCAACCUGGCUCGUCUAUCAACAUUAAUAAUGAACACUGUAUUUGCCUGAAUGGAACAUUGCACUGUCAGUCUUGGAAAACCCAAAUUCUGGAGUGUCCUACUCCAAAGGUUUUCUUCAACUGCAGUACAGCAGGCCCAGAUGAACAUGGAUUGGCGUGUGCACAGACUUGUAUGCAAAAGGAAGUUGAUUGUUUCUCACAGGAAUGUGAAUCUGGAUGCCAGUGUCCUACAGGUCUACUGGAUGAUGGCGAAGGAGGAUGUGUUAAAAAUCAUGAAUGUCCGUGUCCUCACGAUGGAGAGCUUCAUAAACCAGGGAAAAACAUAACUGUAGAUUGCAAUACGUGCACUUGUCAAGGGGGUACAUGGAACUGUACAGAAAAGAAGUGUCCAGGCGUCUGCACAAUAUACGGAAGUGGACAUUAUAAAACUUUCGACCAGCAAAGAUUUGGCUUCAGGGGAGACUGCAGUUAUAUAGCUGCUCAGGACAAAUGUGGAAAUAAGACAGGAAAUUUCCAUGUAAUCACUGAAAAUAUUCCUUGUGGAACAACAGGGACAACAUGCGCAAAGGCUGUUGUCCUCAUUUUGGGGAAAACUGUGCUAGAGCUUUCUGAUAGGACUGUAAAAGUCUCUAAUACUACUAGUGGACCACAGAUCAACUAUAUAGAGAGAACAAUUGGGAUGUACCUUGUUAUUGAUACUGACAUUGGACUGACGGUUUUGUGGGACCGCAAAACCACCGUCCGCAUCAUUCUGCACCCUCAGCACAUGGGAAAUGUAUGUGGCCUAUGUGGAAAUUUCAAUGGGAAUGGGAAAGAUGACUUCACCACUCAAGGCAGUUUGCAAACCACAGAUCUAAUGGAGUUUGUCGAUAGCUGGAAAGUGUCAAGCAGAUGCCCUGAUUCUGCACCAGACUUUGAUCCAUGCUUUGAGACCCCCCAUCGUGUGGCUUGGGCAAGAAAAGAAUGUAUCAUCAUAAUGGAAGAUAAGUUCAGAAAUUGCUCUAAAAAGGUGGAUCCAGAGCCAUAUUAUGAGAAUUGUGUGAAGGAUUCGUGUGCAUGUGACACAGGUGGAGAUUGUGAGUGCCUCUGUACAGCUGUGGCAGCUUACGCUCAAGCCUGCAAUGAUGCGGGUGUUUAUGUUGAUUGGAGAACACCUGAGUUCUGCCCUGUGUACUGUGACUACUACAAUGAACCAGGAGAAUGCACAUGGCACUACAGUCCAUUUACACCUGGUACUUCAACAUUGACAACCACCUCCACUACUCCAAUUACACCUCCGCCAACUGUUUCAACAGAAGUGCCAUCUACAACUAGUACAACUCCUGGCACACCAACUCCUUCAACAUUGACAACCACCUCCACUACUCCAAUUACACCUCCGCCAACUGUUUCAACAGAAGUGCCAUCUACAACUAGUACAACUCCUGGCACACCACCUACUUCAACAUUGACAACCACCUCCACUACUCCAAUUACACCUCCGCCAACUGUUUCAACAGAAGUGCCAUCUACAACUAGUACAACUCCUGGCACACCAACUCCUUCAACAUUGACAACCACCUCCACUACUCCAAUUACACCUCCGCCAACUGUUUCAACAGAAGUGCCAUCUACAACUAGUACAACUCCUGGCACACCAACUCCUUCAACAUUGACAACCACCUCCACUACUCCAAUUACACCUCCGCCAACUGUUUCAACAGAAGUGCCAUCUACAACUAGUACAACUCCUGGCACACCACCUACUUCAACAUUGACAACCACCUCCACUACUCCAAUUACACCUCCGCCAACUGUUUCAACAGAAGUGCCAUCUACAACUAGUACAACUCCUGGCACACCACCUACUUCAACAUUGACAACCACCUCCACUACUCCAGUUACACCUCCGCCAUCUGUUUCAACAGAAGUGCCAUCUACAACUAGUACAACUCCUGGCACACCACCUACUUCAACAUUGACAACCACCUCCACUACUCCAAUUACACCUCCGCCAACUGUUUCAACAGAAGUGCCAUCUACAACUAGUACAACUCCUGGCACACCACCUACUUCAACAUUGACAACCACCUCCACUACUCCAAUUACACCUCCGCCAUCUGUUUCAACAGAAGUGCCAUCUACAACUAGUACAACUCCUGGCACACCACCUACUUCAACACUGACAACCACCUCCACUACUCCAAUUACACCUCAGCCAACUGUUUCAACAGAAGUGCCAUCUACAACUAGUACAACUCCUGGCACACCACCUACUUCAACAUUGACAACCACCUCCACUACUCCAAUUACACCUCCGCCAACUGUUUCAACAGAAGUGCCAUCUACAACUAGUACAACUCCUGGCACACCAACUCCUUCAACAUUGACAACCACCUCCACUACUCCAAUUACACCUCCGCCAACUGUUUCAACAGAAGUGCCAUCUACAACUAGUACAACUCCUGGCACACCACCUACUUCAACAUUGACAACCACCUCCACUACUCCAAUUACACCUCCGCCAACUGUUUCAACAGAAGUGCCAUCUACAACUAGUACAACUCCUGGCACACCAACUCCUUCAACAUUGACAACCACCUCCACUACUCCAAUUACACCUCCGCCAACUGUUUCAACAGAAGUGCCAUCUACAACUAGUACAACUCCUGGCACACCAACUCCUUCAACAUUGACAACCACCUCCACUACUCCAAUUACACCUCCGCCAACUGUUUCAACAGAAGUGCCAUCUACAACUAGUUCAACUCCUGGCACACCACCUACUUCAACAUUGACAACCACCUCCACUACUCCAAUUACACCUCCGCCAACUGUUUCAACAGAAGUGCCAUCUACAACUAGUACAACUCCUGGCACACCAACUCCUUCAACAUUGACAACCACCUCCACUACUCCAAUUACACCUCCGCCAACUGUUUCAACAGAAGUGCCAUCUACAACUAGUACAACUCCUGGCACACCACCUACUUCAACAUUGACAACCACCUCCACUACUCCAAUUACACCUCCGCCAACUGUUUCAACAGAAGUGCCAUCUACAACUAGUACAACUCCUGGCACACCACCUACUUCAACAUUGACAACCACCUCCACUACUCCAAUUACACCUCCGCCAACUGUUUCAACAGAAGUGCCAUCUACAACUAGUACAACUCCUGGCACACCACCUACUUCAACAUCGACAACCACCUCCACUACUCCAAUUACACCUCCGCCAACUGUUUCAACAGAAGUGCCAUCUACAACUAGUACAACUCCCGGCACACCACCUACUUCAACACUGACAACCACCUCCACUACUCCAAUUACACCUCAGCCAACUGUUUCAACAGAAGUGCCAUCUACAACUAGUACAACUCCUGGCACACCAACUCCUUCAACAUUGACAACCACCUCCACUACUCCAAUUACACCUCCGCCAACUGUUUCAACAGAAGUGCCAUCUACAACUAGUACAACUCCCGGCACACCACCUACUUCAACACUGACAACCACCUCCACUACUCCAAUUACACCUCAGCCAACUGUUUCAACAGAAGUGCCAUCUACAACUAGUACAACUCCUGGCACACCAACUCCUUCAACAUUGACAACCACCUCCACUACUCCAAUUACACCUCCGCCAACUGUUUCAACAGAAGUGCCAUCUACAACUAGUACAACUCCUGGCACACCAACUCCUUCAACAUUGACAACCACCUCCACUACUCCAAUUACACCUCCGCCAACUGUUUCAACAGAAGUGCCAUCUACAACUAGUACAACUCCUGGCACACCACCUACUUCAACAUUGACAACCACCUCCACUACUCCAAUUACACCUCCGCCAACUGUUUCAACAGAAGUGCCAUCUACAACUAGUACAACUCCUGGCACACCACCUACUUCAACAUUGACAACCACCUCCACUACUCCAGUUACACCUCCGCCAUCUGUUUCAACAGAAGUGCCAUCUACAACUAGUACAACUCCUGGCACACCACCUACUUCAACAUUGACAACCACCUCCACUACUCCAAUUACACCUCCGCCAACUGUUUCAACAGAAGUGCCAUCUACAACUAGUACAACUCCUGGCACACCACCUACUUCAACAUUGACAACCACCUCCACUACUCCAAUUACACCUCCGCCAUCUGUUUCAACAGAAGUGCCAUCUACAACUAGUACAACUCCUGGCACACCACCUACUUCAACACUGACAACCACCUCCACUACUCCAAUUACACCUCAGCCAACUGUUUCAACAGAAGUGCCAUCUACAACUAGUACAACUCCUGGCACACCACCUACUUCAACAUUGACAACCACCUCCACUACUCCAAUUACACCUCCGCCAACUGUUUCAACAGAAGUGCCAUCUACAACUAGUACAACUCCUGGCACACCAACUCCUUCAACAUUGACAACCACCUCCACUACUCCAAUUACACCUCCGCCAACUGUUUCAACAGAAGUGCCAUCUACAACUAGUACAACUCCUGGCACACCACCUACUUCAACAUUGACAACCACCUCCACUACUCCAAUUACACCUCCGCCAACUGUUUCAACAGAAGUGCCAUCUACAACUAGUACAACUCCUGGCACACCAACUCCUUCAACAUUGACAACCACCUCCACUACUCCAAUUACACCUCCGCCAACUGUUUCAACAGAAGUGCCAUCUACAACUAGUACAACUCCUGGCACACCAACUCCUUCAACAUUGACAACCACCUCCACUACUCCAAUUACACCUCCGCCAACUGUUUCAACAGAAGUGCCAUCUACAACUAGUUCAACUCCUGGCACACCACCUACUUCAACAUUGACAACCACCUCCACUACUCCAAUUACACCUCCGCCAACUGUUUCAACAGAAGUGCCAUCUACAACUAGUACAACUCCUGGCACACCAACUCCUUCAACAUUGACAACCACCUCCACUACUCCAAUUACACCUCCGCCAACUGUUUCAACAGAAGUGCCAUCUACAACUAGUACAACUCCUGGCACACCACCUACUUCAACAUUGACAACCACCUCCACUACUCCAAUUACACCUCCGCCAACUGUUUCAACAGAAGUGCCAUCUACAACUAGUACAACUCCUGGCACACCACCUACUUCAACAUUGACAACCACCUCCACUACUCCAAUUACACCUCCGCCAACUGUUUCAACAGAAGUGCCAUCUACAACUAGUACAACUCCUGGCACACCACCUACUUCAACAUCGACAACCACCUCCACUACUCCAAUUACACCUCCGCCAACUGUUUCAACAGAAGUGCCAUCUACAACUAGUACAACUCCCGGCACACCACCUACUUCAACACUGACAACCACCUCCACUACUCCAAUUACACCUCAGCCAACUGUUUCAACAGAAGUGCCAUCUACAACUAGUACAACUCCUGGCACACCACCUACUUCAACAUUGACAACCACCUCCACUACUCCAAUUACACCUCCGCCAACUGUUUCAACAGAAGUGCCAUCUACAACUAGUACAACUCCUGGCACACCAACUCCUUCAACAUUGACAACCACCUCCACUACUCCAAUUACACCUCCGCCAACUGUUUCAACAGAAGUGCCAUCUACAACUAGUACAACUCCUGGCACACCACCUACUUCAACAUUGACAACCACCUCCACUACUCCAAUUACACCUCCGCCAACUGUUUCAACAGAAGUGCCAUCUACAACUAGUACAACUCCUGGCACACCACCUACUUCAACAUUGACAACCACCUCCACUACUCCAAUUACACCUCCGCCAUCUGUUUCAACAGAAGUGCCAUCUACAACUAGUACAACUCCUGGCACACCAACUCCUUCAACAUUGACAACCACCUCCACUACUCCAAUUACACCUCCGCCAUCUGUUUCAACAGAAGUGCCAUCUACAACUAGUACAACUCCUGGCACACCACCUACUUCAACAUUGACAACCACCUCCACUACUCCAAUUACACCUCCGCCAACUGUUUCAACAGAAGUGCCAUCUACAACUAGUACAACUCCUGGCACACCAACUCCUUCAACAUUGACAACCACCUCCACUACUCCAAUUACACCUCCGCCAACUGUUUCAACAGAAGUGCCAUCUACAACUAGUACAACUCCUGGCACACCACCUACUUCAACAUUGACAACCACCUCCACUACUCCAAUUACACCUCCGCCAACUGUUUCAACAGAAGUGCCAUCUACAACUAGUACAACUCCUGGCACACCACCUACUUCAACAUUGACAACCACCUCCACUACUCCAAUUACACCUCCGCCAACUGUUUCAACAGAAGUGCCAUCUACAACUAGUACAACUCCUGGCACACCACCUACUUCAACAUUGACAACCACCUCCACUACUCCAAUUACACCUCCGCCAUCUGUUUCAACAGAAGUGCCAUCUACAACUAGUACAACUCCUGGCACACCACCUACUUCAACAUCGACAACCACCUCCACUACUCCAAUUACACCUCCGCCAACUGUUUCAACAGAAGUGCCAUCUACAACUAGUACAACUCCCGGCACACCACCUACUUCAACACUGACAACCACCUCCACUACUCCAAUUACACCUCAGCCAACUGUUUCAACAGAAGUGCCAUCUACAACUAGUACAACUCCUGGCACACCACCUACUUCAACAUUGACAACCACCUCCACUACUCCAAUUACACCUCCGCCAACUGUUUCAACAGAAGUGCCAUCUACAACUAGUACAACUCCUGGCACACCAACUCCUUCAACAUUGACAACCACCUCCACUACUCCAAUUACACCUCCGCCAACUGUUUCAACAGAAGUGCCAUCUACAACUAGUACAACUCCUGGCACACCACCUACUUCAACAUUGACAACCACCUCCACUACUCCAAUUACACCUCCGCCAACUGUUUCAACAGAAGUGCCAUCUACAACUAGUACAACUCCUGGCACACCACCUACUUCAACAUUGACAACCACCUCCACUACUCCAAUUACACCUCCGCCAUCUGUUUCAACAGAAGUGCCAUCUACAACUAGUACAACUCCUGGC